AUGAGUACAACUCAACAAAUAAAUAAUGAACUUGAGAAAUUUAAAAAUGAUUUUAAUAUACCACCUGAAAAAUUUGCAAACUUAAAAGAUUUAGUAUGUAAAAUAUCUAUUACACAAAUAUAUGAAAUACCUACUAAUGAACUUGAAAAGUAUAAAAUAACUAAUGAAGAUUUAGAGAAAUUUAAACGAAUAUAUGAAAUAUCUGAUGAUGAACUUAAAAAAUUGCAAAAGUAUGAAUUAACGGAUAAAGAUUUUGAUAAUUUGAAAAAUACGUAUAAAACAUUUGCUGAAAAACUUGAUAAUUUGAAAAAUACGUAUAAAACAUUUGAUGAAAAACUUGAUAACCUGAAACAAAACCAUAAAUCAGAGAAACCAACGUAUGUAAUACCUGGUGAAGAAGUUGAUAGAUUGAAAAUACCUGGUGAACUUAAAAAAUUUCAAAAAUAUGAAUUAACUGAUAAGGAUUUUGAUAAAUUGAAAAAUAUGUAUAAAGAACUUGAUGACCUGAAACAAAAACAUAAAUUAUCAGAAGAUGAAUUGAAAACAACGUAUGUAAUACCUGGUGAAGAAGUUGAUAAAUUGAAAAUAUCUGGUGAAAAGCUUAAAUUUUUUCAAAAGUACCCUAAUGAAUUGAUGAUACCAACGUAUGUAAUACCUGGUGAAGAAGUUGAUAAUUUGAAUAUACCUAGUAAAGAAUUUGAAAAAUUGCAAAAGUAUGAAUUAACUGAUGAGGAUUUUGAAAAUUUGAAACAAAUGUAUAAAACAUUUGAUGAUGAACUUGAUAACCUGAAACAUAAAUUAUCAGAAGAUGACAUUAAUAAAUUGAAAAUACCUAGUAAAGAAUUUAAAAAAUUGCAAAAGUAUGAAUUAACUGAUCAGGAUUUUGAUAAAUUGAAAAAUACAUAUAAAAAAGAACUUGAUGACCUGAAACAAAAAUAUAAAUUAUCAGAAGAUGACAUUAAUAAAUUGAAAUCAACGUAUGUAAUAUCUGGUGAAGAAGUUGUUGAUAAAUUGAAAAUACCUGUUGAAGAACUUAAAAAAUUUCAAAAAUACCCUAAUAAAUUGAAACCAACGUAUGUAAUACCUGGUGAAGAAGUUGAUAAUUUGAAAAUACCUAGUGAAGAAUUUAAAAAAUUGCAAAAGUAUGAAUUAACUAAUAAGGAUUUUGAACAUUUGGAACAAACGUAUAAAACAUUUGAUGAAGAACUUGAGAAGCUGAUACAAAGUCAUAAAUUAUCAGAAGAUGACCUUAAAAAAUUGGAAUCAACGCAUGUAAUACCUGGUGAAAAAGUUGAUGAAUUGAAAAUGCCUGGUGAAGAACUUAAAAAAUUGCAAAAAUAUGAACUAUCAAAUGUCGAACUUAAUAAAUUAAAACUAAAGUAUGAAAUAUCAGAUAAUGAACUUGAUACAUUAAAAAAAAAAUAUACUAUGCCUGAUGGUGAUUUUAAUAAAUUGAAAACAACGUAUGGAGUAUUUGAUUAUGAAUUUAUGAAACUAGAACGAAUGCAAGAACUUAAAAAAUUGAAAACUGCUCUUGAUGAAUGGAAAAACACCCGGUAUAAGGCUUAUAGUCGUUCAAUUCUUUGUCUUAUUAUUAGUUCAAUGGGGCUUGUAAUUAGUAUUUUUCUUUUAGUUUCAUACCAAAGUGUGAUUGAGUCAGGCAUUACGAAUAUCGUUUCAGGAAUUUAUGCAGCAGGAAGCUUUUCCGUAAUGAUUACAAACCUGAAAACUCUUAAUGACAUUUAUACUGGAGGCAAAUCAGAUAAAUCAGAUAUUAAGGAAGAGGAAAUUUCCGAUGAUCUUAUUAAAAAAUCUCUAAAAAAUCAUCCUCAUAGUCUUUAUCCAAAGAUAUUUUUUGUGGAAGCAGUUAGAAAUAAUAUAAGUUAUUUAUUGACCGUGCAGACUAUAAUUGCUAUUAUAACAUCAGUUAUUUUAUUAAUUACAUCUAUUAUUACUAUUUUAUACUGGUUUUAUGGAUCUGAUGAAUUUCAGUCUGCAAAUUAUGCUCUCAUUGUGAUGUCUAGUAUUGGUCUAUAUGAGUCUAUUGGUUUCGUGAUUGGCAUUAAUCUAAUUAUUCAUUCACAAACUCACAAAUCAAACAAGAAUAUAAUAGCAAAACAUGAAAAGGCUCCAAAUAAUGUUCCAAAUGAAAAGUGCAAAAUUUUGUUUAAUAUUUUGGAUUUUUGCACAAACCUGUGUUCAAAGGUGAUGGAUUUUUGCGCAAAUCUGUAUUCAAAGGUGAAUUGUUGCGCAAAUCAAAAUGAGGCUCCAAAUAAUGAUUCAAAUAAAGAUAAGAAAAAAGGUGUGAAUGUAGUGGUCAUUGAGGUGACAGUCGCUCUAAUGUGUGAGAUAGAAGGAUUAACGGAUUUGACUAAAGAAGUUUAUAAAGAAAAUGCCAAAGUUAUUAAGGAAGAUAUUAAUGAUGCUGACGUUUAUUUUAAUGAAGAAGUCCAUUUGGUUGACUUUUUUAAGGAAGCAAGCCCUUCUUUUAAAUUUAUUGAGAUAUUGAUCUUUUCGAUGUUUUUCCCUGUAGUCUUCAUAUUUGGUGUAGUAUUUAUUAGUAAAAAAUGGAAAUUUAAAUUAAGAAGAACUCAUAUAGAUGAUUUGGAGAUAGAAAUUAUUAAUAAUAAUAUUUCUGGAUUGGAUUCAUAUCCCCCUGAUCUUGAAUCACUAAUCAAUUGUUAA